AUGUCCGCUGAAUUCCUGCUGCAAUGUAUGCAGUAUGGGGUCAAUGUGGCACCACCCAAGACCUUUGUAUCGACACCACUCGGGACGGCCAAAAAAACGGGACAUUCGCCUGCAUCUCCAACUGCAGUAUAAGCCUGACCAGAAGUCCACCACCUGCCAACUUCAUCAAGCUGGGAUACUUUGAGGGUUGGGAUUCGCAGCGCCAUUGUUUGCAUAUGGACGCUACACAAAUCGACCCUUCACACACUCAUAUUCAUUUUACCGUCGGCGUAAUCCGCGAUGAUUUCAGCAUCGAUUAUGCAAGCAGAUUUUCCGGAUAUCAGUUUGAGCAGUUCAGAAAGCUCCGCGGAUCAAAACGCAAUAUGCCAUUUGGUGGUUGGGUCUUUUCGGUGGAAGUUGCACAAUAUCAAGUGCUUCAGAACGGCGUCAAAACGGCAGAAAACCGCCAGAAGCUCGCAGGGACCCUUAUUCAGUUCGUCGAGGACCAUGGCCUAGACGGCCUCAGCAUUGAUUGGGAGUCUCCCUCGGCACCCAACCUUGGCAUCGGCGUGCCAGCAGGCGAUAAAGAUGAGUCUCAAAAUUUAUCUUGUGCGGCAUGA